GCAGCCACGCCUCGCAGUGGUCUUCCUGUGAUUGUGUUGUCUCCGUCCUAUUGGGCAGACGCAUCUUGCGCGUCGUCACACAUUAUAAAUUUUCACUUUACGCGUAAAAGAUCUAAAAACAUGUCGUCUUUGUAUAAACCGUUUUCUGUUUCUGAUGGGCCGUGCAAAGACGCGAUACUGAGGCGAGGAUGUACGCCGUUACAGCAUCCUGUAGCGAUGACCCGGAUUCCCUCCGCUGGCGGGGGCUCGACGCGCACUUUUACCCCAAUUCCUAACAUUUAUCCAGGCCAGAGGAAUCUAGCAGCCGCUGCAAUCGGAGGGAGAAAAAUCACCCAUCCGUGGAAGGCUAUUCUUGCAGGUGGCAUUGCAGGAGGCAUUGAGAUCUGCAUCACAUUUCCAACAGAGUAUGUGAAGACCCAGCUACAGUUAGAUGAAAGAGCAAAUCCUCCACGGUACCGAGGCAUAGGCGACUGUGUUAAGCUGACGGUGCAGGAUCAUGGGUUGAGAGGUCUAUACAGAGGGCUUAGUUCACUACUUUAUGGAUCCAUCCCGAAAUCUGCAGUACGGUUUGGUAUGUUCGAGGUUCUUAGUAACCCGAUGAGGGACGCCACGGGUCGGCUUGACAAUAAAGGAAGUUUGCUGUGUGGUCUUGGAGCGGGAAUUGCAGAAGCGGUGUUGAUAGUCUGUCCGAUGGAGACAGUCAAGGUGAAGUUCAUUCAUGACCAGUGCUCUCUGAGGCCACGCUACCGAGGGUUCUUCCAUGGCGUACGAGAAAUCAUCAGAGAUCAAGGUGUUCGAGGGACAUAUCAAGGACUGACUGCUACACUUCUAAAGCAGGGUAGCAACCAAGCUAUACGCUUUUAUGUAAUGAACCUGUUGCGCAACUGGUACAAAGGUGACGACCCCAGUCGUGACAUGCAUCCGCUGGUUACAGCACUGUUUGGAGCGACAGCCGGGGCGGCAAGUGUUUUUGGAAACACGCCACUUGAUGUAGUGAAGACACGAAUGCAGGGUUUAGAGGCUCAUCGCUAUAAGAGCACGUUGGAUUGCGCAUUCCAGAUUUUGAAGAAUGAAGGCCCUCAAGCGUUCUACAAAGGCACGGUCCCACGACUGGGUCGAGUGUGUCUAGACGUGGCCAUUGUGUUUGUUCUCUACGAGGAGGUUGUAAAGCUACUGAACAACGUUUGGAGAACAGACUGAAGACGGACCAGGGCGCAGAACUGAUUCAGACAGACUGAACUAUCCAAACACAGUUGGCCACGUCAGUCAACUCUAAAGAUCCAGACUUGAACCGUGACCUCUGGCCUAGAGGAUUUAAACCAUCCAUCUGUGUCUGUAUAGUUGAAGCCAGCAGCUUGAGCCAUGAGAAGGAACCUGUAGCUUACGGUACAUUUAUCGACGCACAAAAAUAUUGAUACAUGAGCAAGCGUAUCAUCAGUUUGCACUCUUCAGUGUCUUCUCACCACCAUGCUUUUAUAGAGGUCGUCGUGAGAAUCCUGUGGCAUGAAACGUAAUAGCACAACCAAGUACGCAGAAAUAUCAAUGUAACGCACAUGUUCUUUUGUCCUAGUUUACAUGUACAGCUCUGAAAUGUUGUCCUUAGUCUCAAAACGAAUAGAGGCUCAGACAUUCGUGAUACUUGAUGUAAAACUUGCAUGCUGAGUGGCAUCUUCAAGACCAGGGCAUUCAAGCUUGAUGUUUUGUGUUUUUUAUAAUGCUAAAGGCAGCUUUUUUAGUUGCACAAGCUUUUUUUUUGUCAUCAAACGUUUCCCACAAAGGUUGCCUAUCUGAAGUAGUUACUCUACUUGGUGUUUGUGUUCGAUUUAUAAGCAGCAGCGCUUCUUCAAAACCGAUUCUGAAUACUUCACACAGAUUCAAUAAACCACAUAGGUUCA